AUGACAGUCGUACCAGGAAUUAGAGUCCCAGCAAAAUUGCCACCCAAAGCUUGUCUUAUUUUCUUACAUGGUCUUGGAGACACCGGGGAAGGAUGGAGCUUUUUAUCUCGGGUGAUCCGCCAAUCUCGAUUAAUACCAGCAGAAGUUGGAAAUUCAACUUGUUUUAUAUUCCCCGAUGCGCCGCAGCUUAAUAUUACUGUCAAUAAUGGUAUGCUACUACCUGCAUGGUUUGAUAUAUAUGAAUUUGGGAAUCCAAAUGCAGAACAGGACGUGGCAGGUUUCUUCAAGACUUGUACCACCGUUUUGAAGGCUUUGGUUGAUGAUCAAAUCAAUCGUCAACACAUUCCUGCUGAAAAAAUUAUUAUUGGAGGAUUCAGUCAAGGUGCAGCAAUCGCAUUAGCUACUUUAGCCUUAUUGGAUUACAAAAUCGGUGGUGUUAUUGCAUUAUCUGGAUUUAUAACACCUGCAGUUGCUCAGGAAUUGGAAAAGAAACAUUUGGUCAAGCAUGUCAAUUACGAGACGCCAAUUUUCCAAGGUCACGGUAAGGCUGAUUCUAUGAUCUCUUAUCGAUUUGGAGAAAAGACUUGUACCUAUUACAAGAACAAAUUGGGCUUCAAAAACUUGGAAUUUCACGGAUACAGCAGAGUUUCUCACGGUGCUAGUGAAGAGGAGUUGGAGGAUGUAAUCAAAUUCGUUAAAAAAAUCCUUUGUGACUAA